CGCAGCUCGUACUUAAGCCAUGACCGGACAUAAUCACUGCGGAUUUUACACUGACAGUCAUGGAGCGUUUUCUCUGGGUCCUGUGUAUAGCUGCCGGGUUCUCUGUCAACUAUGGGCUGAGAAGGGCGCCUUAUCCGUGUGAACCGGGGUUAAAUGUGAACUGUACAACUGGAGAAUGUCGGUUAGUGUUCAGUUGCAGUCUUCGUCGUUGUGGAGUGCGUCCUGAAUGUGUAGAUCCUUCACCGGCACCAUCAAUUAACUGUACCAUUGGAAAACCUACCAUUGACACCAACCUCCAGGAAAUCUCUUGUGCGCCAGACGGGUCAUGUCCAGCAACCACUGGGUGUGUUCGAGGUCCCCCAGCCAAGCCAGGAGUGUGUUGUUUUAAUCCUUCUUCAGGACCUCCGAGACCUCCGGGACCUCCGGGACCUCCGAGACCUCCAGGACCACCACAACCAGAUCCAAAUCCUUUAGACCCUUGCUUCCCUGGCAAAAAUGUGAACUGCACAAGUGGAGAAUGUCGCUUGAUGGCAGAUUGCCAACACCAGAGUUGCCCGGCACUUCCGUAUUGUGUUGCUCCUUCGCCGAACGUGACAGUCCCAUGUCCUAUCGGUAAAUCUGCUAUCGACCGCAACCUCCGCGAGUUCUCGUGUUUACGAAACAGAGACGCUUGCCCAGGAUCCACUGGCUGUGUGGUCGGCGCUCAGGGAUCAGCAGCCGUUUGUUGUUACAGACCUCCACUUGUACCAGGACCAACACCGACCGAUCCAAAUCCUUUAGAUCCUUGCUUCCCUGGUAAAAAUGUGAACUGCACAGCUGGAGAAUGUCGCUUGAUGGCAGAUUGCCAACACCAGAGUUGCCCGGCACUUCCGUAUUGUGUUGCUAAUUCGCCGAACGUGACAGUCCCAUGUCCUAUCGGUAAAUCUGCUAUCGACCGCAACCUCCGCGAGUUCUCGUGUUUACGAAACAGAGACGCUUGCCCAGGAUCCACUGGCUGUGUGGUCGGCGCUCAGGGAUCAGCAGCCGUUUGUUGUUACAGACCUCCACUGGUACCAGGACCAACACCGACCGAUCCAAAUCCUUUAGAUCCUUGCUUCCCUGGUAAAAAUGUGAACUGCACAGCUGGAGAAUGUCGCUUGAUGGCAGAUUGCCAACACCAGAGUUGCCCGGCACUUCCGUAUUGUGUUGCUAAUUCGCCGAACGUUACAGUCCCAUGUCCUAUCGGUAAAUCUGCUAUCGACCGCAACCUCCGCGAGUUCUCGUGUUUACGAAACAGAGACGCUUGCCCAGGAUCCACUGGCUGUGUGGUCGGCGCUCAGGGAUCAGCAGCCGUUUGUUGUUACAGACCUCCACUUGUACCAGGACCAACACCGACCGAUCCAAAUCCUUUAGAUCCUUGCUUCCCUGGUAAAAAUGUGAACUGCACAGCAGGUGAAUGUCGGCUGGUAGCAGACUGCUCUCGAAAAGGAUGUCCUGCCGGCCCCACAUGUGUUGACCCCUCACCCGUACCAUCACUGAACUGUGACAUUGGCAAGCCUGCUCUGAAUUCCUACGGCAAUGAAAUCUCUUGUGCAGGAGGGGGAGCAUGUCCAGUCAACACUGUGUGUGUGGCACAUCCAUCAGGGGCACCCGCCGUCUGCUGUUUCAAACCAGCUGGCCCAACAACACCCCAACCACCACCAACGCCAUCCCGUACAGGCGAUCCUUGCGAACCAGGGGUGAAUGUCAACUGCACAGCGGGUACAUGCAGACUGGUGGAGGACUGUCGAAUCCGUGGGUGCCCCGCUGUCCCUAAGUGUAUCGACCGAGACCGACCACUUCCACCUCCACCUGACGUCUGUCCCGUGGGUACACCUGUACUUGGCGCAGACUUAAACCAGCUGUAUUGUGGCCGCGGAGGGAGAAAAUGUCCCUGGAAUACUUACUGCGUUAUUCAUCCCGCGGAUAGAUAUGCUGUUUGCUGUUUUGGUUCUGGUCCAGAUUCAGCAAUCCCACCAACAUCAGCACCAGGACCUGUGGAUCCCUGUGAACCUGGCGUCAAUGUGAACUGUACGAUAGGCGUUUGUCGACUGGUGGCAAAUUGUGAUUACUGGCCCUGUCCUGCGCGCCCAACAUGUGUUGAUCCCUCCCCAGAACCGUCACUGAACUGCACAAUAGGUGACCCCGCACUGAACGGAAAAUUAGAGGAAUUCUCAUGUGUUGGGGGACGCCUUUGUCCCCUAGACACAACGUGUCUUGCCGCCCCUUCAGGAUCACCAGCAGUCUGUUGCUACAGGCCACCUGUCGCCAUCACCCCAGCUCCAACAACAGUUCCAAUACCAGUGUCAACAGCAGCACCAACAUCAGCACCAGGACCUGUGGAUCCCUGUCAACCUGGUGUCAAUGUGAACUGUACGAAAGGCGAAUGUCGACUGGUGGCCAUUUGUAAAUACUGGCCGUGUUUUGCGCUCCCAACGUGUGUUGAUGCCUCUCCGCCACCGUCAGUUGAGUGUCCAGUGGGAAAACCAGCGUUGGAUGAAAAGCUCGAAGAAUUCUCUUGCAAAGAUUGCCCCUUCAAUACCGUGUGUUAUAAAGGCGCUGUCUGUUGUGUCCCAUGGUCAGGAAACAGACCAUCAGGUCCCGCAGGUCCCGCAGGUCCCGCAGGUCCCGAACGUCCCGCAACCUCCGUCCCACUGGACCCUUGCACGCCUGGUUUGAAUGUCAACUGCACAAGCGGUGUCUGUCGACUUGUCGAGGACUGUAGACGACCUGGCUGCCCCGCCGUCCCCACAUGCAUUGACCGAGACCCACCACUUCCACCUCCACCUGACGUCUGUCCUGUGGGUACACCUGUACUUGGCGCAGACUUAAAGCAGCUGUAUUGUGGCCGCGGAGGGAAAAGAUGUCCCGGGAAUACUUACUGCGUUAUUCAUCCCGCGGAUAGAUAUGCUGUAUGCUGUUUUGGUUCUGGUCCAGGUCCGCAGCCACCUAUACCUACACCCCCACCUCCAACAACGUACCCGUGCACACCUGCCAAUAUUAACUGCACAGCCGGCGAAUGUCGUCUCGUGGCGUAUUGCAACGCGGUGCCUUGUGGGAGGACAACGCCAACAUGUGUUGACCCCUCGCCGCCCCCAACCCGAAAAUGCCCAGUGGGUAAGCCUGUUCUCACCCCUAGGCUGACGGAGUUCAGAUGUUACCCCAGGGUCCGUCUGUGUCCAGGUGACUCAUUCUGUCUCAGGGGUCCAGGUGACGAACCAGGAGUAUGUUGUUGGGAUAACAGAUUACGGCCAACACAAGGUUCAGGCUCAGGCUCAGGCUCAGGCUCAGGCUCAGGUUCCAGCUCUAGUUCCAGCUCAGGGUCAACUUCGGGUUCUGGCUCAGGGUCUGGCUCAGGAUCAAGUUCAGGAUCGGGCUCGGGGUCUAGUUCAGCGUCUGGCUCAGGAUCAAGUUCAGGGUCUAGCUCAGGAUCAAGCUCAGGGUCUGGCUCAGGGUCUAGUUCAGGAUCAGGCUCGGGGUCUAGUUCAGGAUCAGGCUCAGGAUCAAGUUCAGCGUCUGGCUCAGGGUCAAGCUCAGGGUCAAGCUCAGGAUCAGGCUCAGGAUCAAGCUCAUGGUUUGGCUCAGGAUCAAGUUCAGGGACUGGCUCGGGGUCUAGCUCAGGAUCAAGUUCAGGGUCUGGCUCAGAUUCUAGUUCAGGAUCAAGCUCAGGGUCUACAUCUGGGUCAAGUUCAGGCUCUGGUUCAGCGUCAGGCUCAGGCACAGGCUCAGGAAAGGGCGCAAGUUAUGACACUGAUGCAGACUCGGGCUCAGAUAACAGAUCCCCUGGCUAUCUGCCGCAAGACCCAUGCACUCCCGGACUCUACAUCAACUGCACAGCGGGCACCUGUCGACUCACGGCAUGGUGCUUAUACAACUUCUGCCCGGCAGUGCCGACCUGUGUUGACUCAUCUCCUGAUGCCAGUGGGGAAUGUCCAGUUGGUCUACCGGCUUUGAACUACUUUAAUAAAGAAGUCUCCUGCAGAACCAACUUACAGUGUCCCAGUAAUACCUACUGUAAAAGCCCUGGUAUAUGUUGCUACCGUGGACCAAUAGCUAGACCUCGAAGUUCAAGAUAUUUGGCAAAAUAUCUUAAACAAGGACGCUCAGGCAAAAGAUUGCAGAAGCCAGGAAGUUGUCCCGCGGUGAGGCCAGACUGGGCGGGGAUAUGUGUCGUCCGGUGCUUCUGUGAUAAUGAUUGCCGGGGCAAUCUGAAAUGCUGCAGCAAUGGGUGUGGUCGCACAUGCCAGAAGCCCUGCUUUGUCUAGAUACUGUAUUAAAAUAAUUUGCAAAAACAUACAUAAUAACUAUCAACAUUUCAAAAGUGCCAUAAGUUCUUAUUUUGGAGUGGUUUGCUUGUUGAUGUCGACACUGGAGGUAAACAUUCUGUUGUG